AUGGUGAAUACUGACUGGGGUGUGGACACAAAAAGCUUCCCUUACUACACGGACGACCCGGACAAGUUCAAGGCUUUGUGGGAAGGCUACUACCAGUUCUACCUAGAAGGUUGCGGCGCGUGUUUGGGAUACAUGACCUCUUCCGUCGCGGAGCGAAUGCCUCUCACCCAACACUGGAAGUUGGACCAAGUCAAUAGGCGCCUAACAUUCCAACCUCGAGAUGAGCGGGGAACCCCGGUCGUCGAUCUCGGCAAGCGCAGCGACAUCUUGGGGGACUACCUCCAGGAGGUGCGCGAGAGACGCAUCUUUGCCGUCCUCGACGGUUGGCGGAACGAGCGCUACCCCAUAUACGGGCCGCAAAAAGAGCUUGUGUUAAACAUGGAACGAUCAGCGUCCCCUCUCUUUGGAAUUGUCACCUAUGGUGUGCAUCUGACCGGCUAUGUCAUGACUGACGAGGGGAUGAAGAUAUGGACACCACGACGCUCCUUGACAAAGCCAACGUAUCCCGGAAUGAUGGACAACACGGUCGCUGGAGGGCUGAGCACAGGAGAAAAGCCCUUUGAUUGCCUGGUCAGAGAAUGCGAAGAGGAAGCCUCGUUACCAGCAGACUUGGUGCGCCGCACGGCUCAGGCUUGUGGCACACUGACAUAUUUCCACGUCCGCGAUGCCCGAGCCGGAGGAGAGACGGGACUCUGUCAGCCCGAGUGCCAAUACAUCUAUGACCUCAGGAUGUCUCCCGAUGUCAUACCCAAGCCAGGCGACGAUGAAGCCAUCGAUUUCCAGCUUUUGACUGUCGAGGAGGUGCGGCGAGCUAUGGCCGAGGGUAGAUUCAAGCCGAAUUGUGCACAUUUGCUCUUGGAGUUCCUCGUCAGGCAUGGCUUCGUGACGGCCGAGAACGAACCGAAUUAUAUUGAAAUAGUCGCAAGACUCCAUAGGCGGUUGGAGUUCCCGACUUCGUGA